UGAAUAUUUUGGAGAAUUGGCUUUGAUGUAUCAUGCACCUAGAUCAGCUUCUGUAAGUAGUUUAGGAGAUUGUGGUUUUUGGGUUUUGGAAAGGAAUAAAUUUCGAAAAGCAGUAGAAGAUAUUUAAUAAAAGGCAUAUGAAACAAAUAGAGAAUUCUUGUCAUAAGUAAAAUUCUUUGGUAAAAUUGUUAAUUAAUAAAAGAUUUCAUGACUGAAGAGUAGAGAGAUAGUAUAGCUAAUGUUUUAAUAACAUUAAAAUUUAAAUAAGGAUAAACAAUAGUAAAUGAAGGAGAUAUGGCAAAUUCAUUUUAUAUAAUUUAAAAGGGCAUAGUUGAAGUAACUAAGUUAGGACAAUUUUUAAGAUAUAUGAUUAAAGGAGAUUCAUUUGGUGAAUAAGCAUUAUUUGGGAAUUGUGUUAGAGGAGCCACUGUAAAAGCCCAUGAUUUAGAUGUCAAUCUAUUAUCUUUAAGUAGAGAAGAUAUUACAACUAUUUUGGGAGAAAAAAUUCAGGUACAAAAUUUAUAUUAUUUAGUCACACAGUUAAUCAUCUAUACAAAUAUGCAAAAAUGGACAUUUGAAAAGCAUCCUAAAUUAAGAGAUUUAACUAAAAUGUAAAUUUAAAAGAUUGUCUCGAAUUUCAAGAUAAAGACUUAUGAAAUUAAUGAUUGUAUCUAUAAGAUCAAUUAAAUGGUGGAUAAGUUAAUUAUUAUUCUCGAUGGCCAAUUAGAAUUCGAAGGUCAAUUAUAUAAUAAUGGUUAAUUAUUCGGAGAUAAAUAUCUUUAAAUAGAUUAAUAAAGUAGAAAAAUCAAUCAUGAUAUUAAAACCACUUGCAAAACUACUUUAUCAGAGCUCCCUUUUAAAUAAUUCUUUGAAUUUAUAGGAGGAGAAUUAGAAACAGUUGUUAAGAAAAAUAAGGAUCGAGCAGGUCCAUCAAAUUUAUUAGAGAAGAAACAAAGAAUAAACUACUCUUUAUUAACUUUAGAUGAUUUCAUAGCAUUAAAGUUAUUAGGAGAAGGAACCUUUGGAAAUGCAUAUCUAGUUAAGGAUAUUCCAUAAUAAAAUAUGCAUGUCAUGAAAUGUGUUCCUAAGAUCAAUGUCAUUGCUAAUAAUACUGUAAGACAUAUCAAAAAUGAAAAAUAAGUGUUAGAAUUACUUAAUCAUCCAAAUAUAGUUUGUUUUCAUCGUUCAUUUAAGGAUUAAAAUUACAUUUAUUUCUUAACUGAGUAUAUUAAGGGUAAAGAAUUGUUUCAUGUAAUAAGAGAAAUAGGAUUGCUGAAUUCUUAUGAAACAUAAUUCUAUAUUGCUUAAAUGAUAAACAUUUUAGAGAAAAUGCAUUCUUAAUAUAUAAUUUAUAGGGAUGUGAAGCCUGAAAAUUUUAUAGUGAUGGAAAGUGGUUAUUUAAAGUUGAUUGAUAUGGGAACCGCCAAAGUCUUAAAGUCAAAAGCCUCUAAGACUUCAACAAUAGUAGGAACUCCACAUUAUAUGUCACCUGAGAUAUUAAAAGGUAAGAGUUACAGUUUCUCCACAGAUUUAUGGUCUCUAGGAAUCUGUUUUUAUGAACUUAUGUGUGGAGAAGUUCCUUUUGCUGGGGAUGAAGAGGAUGAUCCGUAUUUAUUUUAUUUAUUUAGAUAUAUUAUAGAGGAAGCUAUCUUAAAUGGCAAACUAGAGUAUCCAUCAAUCCUAAAAGAUUUUAAGGCGAUGAAAUUAAUGGAUUAAUUAAUGAAUAGAACACCAGAAUUAAGAUUAGGAGGUUCCUAUGAUGCCUUAAAAGUUCAUCCUUGGUUUGACAACUUCUAAUGGGUAUAUUAUUUAUCAAAUAUUUUUAGGAAGAACUAGAAACUAUGCAAAUUAAGCCAACUUACAUUCCAAAAUUAAAGUAAUUCCUUUAUGAAAACAUGCCUUUUUUAGAAAUGAUCAAAAGAGAUACUUCCCCUGAUAUGGUUUGCACUCAAUAAGUAGAAUGGGAUCAAGAAUUUUGA